AUGGAGAUGAGUAUUGGCGGCUCUAAAUUCUGGGACUGGCAGAGAGAUCUCGGGGGGUUUGAGUCUCCAUGGGGCAGACCCAGCGUGUGCAGCCCUGUCGUUGAAGCCGAAGUAGUUUUUGAGGCCAAGCAGGCAAUUCUAGAAAUGGAUGCCAUACAUCACCCGGGCUUCCACUAUAGCCCCGAGGGAGAGACAAAAUCAUCGUACCAGCCUAAAGAAGGCACUGCUCCUCACAGAAUGAGAAGGAAAUCAGAACCCUCAUCUAGAGUCCAUAAAGUUUUGAAGUCAAACGAUAUAAGUCCAGAUACGCAGAAGCGGAUCAGUAUUGAAGGAGCCCUGUUAUCUCAAGCCACCAAACUAGGAUCGAAUGAAGCCCUGCUAAAUUCUAGGAAGAAGGUUCCAUUGGAAGCCAGUGGGCUGGAGAGCCAAUUUCAAGAGUCCGUUGAGCCAGCCUACAGCAGCGAUCAGGAUGAAAAUCUUCAGACUUCUGCUACGGAACAGAUUGAUGCUGAUGAUGAAGAAGAGUCUGAACAGGGAGUGCAGCAAAACUCACUGCAGAAAUCGAAAGGGGGAAGAAAAAGACUUAAUAGUCAAGCUGCUGAAAAUGUUGAGAAACGGAGAAGUGUUAAUCUCAACAAGUGUGAAAUGCAGAGCUCCAAGGACCCUUCAGAUGAAGAGUCAACCCAGUUGAACACCGAUCUUCCGUUUCCCUGUGCAGCUAGACAGCCACAGUUGCCCAGACAAUUCAGCACGCCCCAGAGCAACACGCUAAUCAUGAAUAUCCUGGGGGGAAGUACCUCUGUCAGAAACAUCUGGACUGACCAUCAGAUCAGGCAGGCGUUGUUUCCCAGCCGGCGCCCGCCUUAUGAGAAUGAAGAUGACGAAGACGAUUACCAGAUGUUUGUACCAUCAGCGUCUACAUCCAACACCAGUUCAGCUGUGGGUGGAGAAAGGAGGGGUUCUUCUGGGCGUCCAUGCAGCUGGCACUUGGGGGUAGGGCAUCAAAAUGAGACUUCCAGCCCCACUCGUCACAAAAUUGUUAGGCGGGCCAGUAGUGCUGGAGAAAGUAACACGUGUCUAGCCAGCGCAAAGUACAAAAUAGGGGAGCGCGGUUCUCGAAGGGAGGCGAAAAGAGCAGAGGUGAGCGCUAUGAAUGCAUAUCCUGAAUCUUCAGAGGAGCUGACCGUCGAUGAUAUUGAACAUGUUUAUGAUAAUAUAAGCUACGAAGACUUAAAGCUGAUGGGUCUGACAAGAAGGGAGGAGACAGACCGUGGUCCCCGGAGAUCUGCUAGAGACUCUCUCUACGAGGCCGAAAACAAAAGCAGCUUAGAUUCACCCUCCAGAAAGAGGACAGCAAAUCAAAACAGGGCCUCCAUUUGUGCCAGUAGGGAUGAAGUACUACUCAGUAGAGAAGCACCUACUUCAAGUUUGGAUGAGCUCAGGAUCGUUGAAGACAACGUCUAUGACACCGUAGUGCUUCCAGAAACACCACUAUUGAAUUUUAAAUGUGACCCCUUAAAGUGCUCUAAGAGGAGGAGUUUUCUGGGCUUGGAGAAAGACUUUUCAUGUUGUGACAACCUACGGCAGUUUGUUUCUGAGGAGAGUCUCCAGUUCAGUGAAGACGAAAGUCCUUACCAUCGUGUUCCCAUCGACAAUGACUAUUUGAGCUUAGUAGAUAGCUCCUCGAACUCGGAUUCGCUGUCCCAUAAGUCUGCAGCAGAUAAACUCUCGGAGGAGGUGGACGAGAUUUGGAAUGACCUGGAGAACUACAUCAAGAAGAAUGAGGAAAAGACAAGAGACCGUCUCCUUGCAGCCUUUCCUGUUUGUAAAGAUGAUAUGCAGGAAAGGCUGCAUGCUGGUAGUACACCUGAACUGAGUAAAGAUGUAGAGUACUCGCUGUCUACUCUCUCUCUGCCAGAAACUCCUGUUUUCCCUAAAACUGUGAAGCCCAGGGCUGCCACUGUAAGUGAGGCUAAUCUCAGGCUUGAGGAUGCUACACUGUGCAAGGAGAACGCUUUCAUGAGUCUGAACAGAUCUUCCUUCUCCAGUGAGAUGCCUUUUGUAGAUAGCCCAUAUGAAUCUGCCAAUAGCGUUCUGUCCAACACACAUGCAGAGGGCGUGGAAAAUGACCUGGCUGUCAUGGAUAAAACAAAGAACAGAGUUUUUAUGAUGGCAAGGCAGUACAGUCAAAAAAUUAAGAAGGCUAACCAGCUUUUGAAAGUUAAAAGCCCAGAGCAGGAGCAGCCAGCUGGCAGACAACAGAAACUGAAACACAAAGAUCUUGCGGCUAUUCUGGAGGAGAAGAAACAAGGGGGUCCUGCUAUUGGUGCCAGAAUAGCUGAAUAUUCUCAGCUUUAUGACCAAAUCGUCUUUAGAGAAAGUUCACCUAAGGUCCAAAAGGAAGCCUGGGCCGCUCCUCAGGAGCUGUCAGCUGCGAGGUUUUCCACACCCGUGGCUGCGUCUCCUCCCCGUUCCCAGGCUGCCGGCGAAUGCUCGAGAGCAGAAGAUUGGCUUUUGCAUUCUACGUACAGUAACGGUGAGCUGGCCGACUUCUCUCCGUGGCCUGAAUCCCAAGACCCAAAGUCCAAGAGCUCGUAUACAGAAGCUGGUACAAAAAGCAAUUCAAGGCUGUUGCCGUCAGCUGGCUCGGUGCCUUCCCUUCAGAUUUCUAACCGUUUGCAUGUCCCGGCACAGAGGUGGAGUGCCAUCAUAAGCCAACCGAACAAAGAAAAUUUAAAUCAAGAUCACAUCUAUAACUCCCUUGGGAGAAGAGUAAGCAAUGUAAAACCACAGGCAUACAGCAGGUCGCAGUCGUCUUCCUCAAUUGUGGUCAACAGGUCUGGAGAAUCGAUCGUGUAUCCUAAUGAAACGGACAGGAAAAGGCUCCAUUCGAAUAGGAACUUCCGAUUCAACAGCCAUCAGACGCCAGGUGUUGCUUCGGGGUGUAUGGGCCCUGAUACGAGAAAGCAGAUCCCUGAAAACUGUUCGGAUAUGAUUCUGCAGGAUUCUCAAAAGGUCCUGAGAGUGAACAGGGCCUCCCCUCUGACGGCACAGAUGGCCACUCAGAACUAUUUUUUGAAUUUCAAAGAUACUGAAGAAGGAGAAGGGGAUGAUGAUGACUACGUUGAAAUAAAGUCUGAAGAUGAGGGAUCUGACCUGGAGACUCCUCAGAACCAAACAAGGAAAUUGGAUCCUAAACUGCGUAGCUCAGACACUGCUCCUUCUGAAACGCUCUGCGGCAAAACCGUCUCUUGUACUCCUGCAAAGUCUGCCAGCAGCAAACACUCCCUUACCCCGUACCUGACUGCGUACAGUGAUUCGGACAAACUGAACGACUACCUGUGGAGAGUACCGUCUCCUAAUCAGCAGAAUAUUGUCCAGUCUUUAAGGGAGAAGUUUCAGUGUCUCAGUUCAAGUAGCUUUGCUUGA